AUGACCUGGAGCGCCACGGCGCGGGGCGCGCACCAGCCCGACAGCACGGCGUUCACGCAGCAGCGCCUCCCCGCCUGGCAGCCGCUGCUGUCGGCCAGCAUCGCGCUGCCGCUCUUCUUCUGCGCCGGCCUGGCCUUCAUCGGCCUGGGCCUGGGCCUCUACUACUCGUCCCUGGGCAUCAAGGAGCUGAGCUACGACUACACGGGCAACCCGGGCACGGGCGACUGCUCGCCGUGCGGCCUGGCCGAGCAGGACCGCGCGCCGCCGCCCAGCUGCCGCUGCGUCUGGAACUUCUCGCUGCCCGAGCUCUUCCAGGGCCCCGUGUACCUCUACUACGAGCUCACCAACUUCUACCAGAACAACCGGCGCUACGGCGUGUCCCGCGACGACGCGCAGCUGAGCGGGUGGCCCAGCGCGCUGCGCCACCCGGCCAACGAGUGCAUGCCCUACCAGCGCAACGCCAGCGGCGUGCCCAUCGCGCCCUGCGGCGCCAUCGCCAACAGCCUCUUCAACGACACCUUCUCGCUGUGGCACCAGCGCCUGCCCGGCGGGCCCUACGUCGAGGUGCCGCUCGACCGCACCGCCAUCGCCUGGUGGACCGACUACCACGUCAAGUUCCACAACCCGCCCCUGGUGAACGGCAGCCUGGCGCUGGCCUUCAGGGGCACCACGCGCCCGCCCAACUGGCCCGUGCCCGUCUACCAGCUCAGCCCCGACCCCAACAACACGGGCUUCGUCAACCAGGACCUGGUGGUGUGGAUGCGCACCGCCGCGCUGCCCUGGUUCCGCAAGCUGUACGCGCGCAUCCGCCAGGGCAACUACUCGGCCGGCCUGCCCCGCGGCCAAUACCGCGUCAACAUCACCUACAACUACCCGGUGCGCGCCUUCGGGGGCCACAAGCGCAUCAUCCUGAGCAGCAUCUCCUGGAUGGGGGGCAAGAACCCCUUCCUGGGCAUCGCCUACCUGGUCGUGGGCUCCCUCUGCAUCCUCACGGGAUUUGUCAUGCUGGUCGUCUACAUCCGCUACCAGGACCAGAACGACGAGGCGGAGGACCAGGAGUGA